AUGGACCAUUGGAAGGCUGCCAAGCACCUUCUUCGCUACAUCAAGGGCACCUUGUCCUACACCAUCAAGUACGCCGCCACUGGCGACACCAGCAACGGCAGCACUGCCGACGGCGUGCUCUCAGCGUACUCGGAUGCGUCGUUCGCCUCCGACGUUGACACGCGACGUUCCCGCACGGGCUUCGUCGUCUUCUGUUCCACGGGCCCCGUGUCCUGGAACUCCAAGCUGCAGGCCACCGUAGCCACAGCCUCCGCCGACGCGGAGUACAUGGCUCUCGCAGCCACCGCACAGGAACUCAUGUUCCUUCGCCAACUCCAGGAGGAGCUCACCGGCGCCGUCCUGUGCGAGCCCACGCUCGUCCACACGGACAACCAGCCGGCGCAGCGCGUUGCCGAACACGCCGCCUCGCGCAUGCGGCACAUCCUCGUCAAGUACCACUACAUCCGCGAGUGCGUCGACACAAAGAGGAUUGUGCUGAGCUACCUCGCCACGGAGCAUAUGAUCGCAGAUCUUCUCACGAAGAUCCUCCCUCGGCCCAAGACGGCUCAAUUCAGCGCACGCCUCUUCUGCCUUGCAACAGGCAGCAAGAAAGCAUCCACAUCAUCUGGUCUCACACGGGUCGCCGCUCACGCUGCAUUCACCAACGACGUGGCAGCCCCUGACGGUUCACAGGCACCACAGGCCAUGUGCCUUACACCAGGCCUCGUCUGA